CCGGCCGGCAGGGGGCGCUCCCUCCCGCGCCACCGGCCAGCUCCCCGGCCGGGCCCGCUGCCGGCGGCGGCGCAGCCGGCGGGAGCGGGGCCGCGCUGCGCUGCUCUCUAUGGCCGUUGCCCGUGGCAGGGCCUGUGUUUACUUCCGGCCGCCCGGCGCCGCCGUGCAUGGGGCGCGGGGGCGGCCGCCCGCCGCCAGCUGCCAUGGCCGAGCCCCCAGAGGAGGACGAGCUGCCGGUGCCCGAAUCAGGUGCUGUUUUCACAUUCGGAAAAAGCAGAUUUGCAGAAGAUAUUCCUAGCAAGUUCUGGUUCAAAAAUGACAAGCCUGUACUGAUAUCGUGUGGAGAUGAACAUACUGCUAUUGUUACAGGGAAUGGUAAACUAUACAUGUUCGGCAGUAACAACUGGGGCCAAUUAGGACUAGGAUCAAAGAACACUGUCAGCAAACCAACAUGUGUUAAAGCUUUAAAACCAGAAAAAACAAAACUUGCUGUUUGUGGAAGAAACCACACUUUAGUUUACACAGAAAAAGGAAAUGUGUAUGCUGCUGGAGGUAACAGUGAAGGUCAGUUGGGAUUAGGUGACACAGAGGAAAGGAGCACAUUUCAUUUAAUUAGUUUUUUUACCAACCAGCACAAGAUCAAACAGCUGGCAGCUGGAUCAUACACGUCAGCAGCAGUAACUGAGGAUGGGCAGCUUUUUGUGUGGGGUGACAAUUCGGAAGGUCAGAUUGGCUUGGCUGAUGAAGCUUGUGUCAGUGUCCCUUGCCAAGUGGAUGUUGGAAAACCUGUUUCCUCUAUAUCCUGUGGAUAUUAUCACUCUGCCUUGAUAACAGGAGAUGGUGAGCUCUAUACUUUUGGAGAACCUGAGAAUGGGAAACUGGGAUUAUUGCCUGAACAGCUGAAGAACAAUAGAGUCCCACAGCCUGUACCUGGAAUUAUGGAAAAGGUUAAUAAGGUUGCUUGUGGUGGAGAACACACAGUGGUGCUAACAGAGACAGAUGUGUAUACUUUUGGACUUGGACAAUAUGGGCAGCUGGGACAUGGUACUUUCAUUUUUGAAACUUCAGUACCAAAGUCUGUGAAACACUUGAGGAGGCAUAAAAUAUGUAACAUUACAUGUGGGGAAAAUCAUACUGCUGUAGUUGCAGAGAAUGGCCUCAUGUUUACUUUUGGAGAUGGACGACACGGCAAGUUAGGACUUGGAGAAGAGAAUUAUACAAAUCAGUUUGAUCCCACUUUAUGUUAUAAUUUCCUGAGGUUCACAGUCCUUUUGGUUGCUUGUGGUGGUUGUCACAUGCUAGUUUUUGCUGCUCCAAGACCUGAAGGAUCUGAAGAAUUACUCUUAGAAGAUUUAAAUGAGAGCCGUUUGACUGCUACUAUCACUGAAAUGAGUGGGGACUCACUACUCACAAACACCUUACAACUAACAUCAGCACGAAUGCGGCGUCGAGAGAGGGAAAGGUCACCAGAACAGUUUAUUCGAAUGGCACGAAGUCUGCCUCCACUGGGAGAAAGCUGCUUAAAUUCUUCAUUGCCUGUGACUAGCAACACUAGCCCACUCUGUUUUUCUGCAACGAGUCUUCCUAAAGCUGAACCUAUGAAAGACAGAGACCAUGGAAAAGAAAAGAAUCCUCAAAAAGAUAAACCUGGUGAAGGCUCUGCUGAAGAAGAUUCAGAUAAUGAAAAUAAUGACAGAAAUCUUGGAGAUACAACUGACAUCCUAAAUAUGACACAUGCAAUGAGAUUGAAUCCCAGUGACCAGUCCUUGAAAUUAUCACCACUCCAAAAACAAAAGAAGAACAAUAAAAAUGUGAAACUGAAAAGAGAUGGUAAGGGUGGGCUGAAAAACAAGGAUUCUGAUCUCAUGAAGGAGGGCUCAAAAUCAGACUUUGGCUCUUUACAAAAGCAGUCUUCACUUUCAGAGCUACCAGAACAAGAUUUAGAAAAACGUAGUGCCUUUGUAGGGAAGCCUGUGGCCAAAAAAAAUACAAUGAAAGGUAAAUCUGAGCAUUCACAAAGUGCUAGUACUUUGAAAAGUGGUGUUCAACGAAUUACUAGGGACAAAUGCAGAUUUGUGAAAAGGGAAAAAGAACAUGUGGAAAAUCCAGAAUUUGUCAAAGAGAGUGUAACUGAAAAACAAAUUCUGAAUGAAAAUACAAAUUCUUCCAAUAAAAAGUCAAAAGCUGUUAAAUCUAAGCAAUCUCUUAAAAUAGAUAUACUUCCUUCUGCGUCUAGGGAUCAGCCCCAGACUGAUUCGUUCAUAGUACAAAAAUACAGUCCUGUUAAAAAGCAAGGUAGUCAAGAUGCAAUAGAAAGUCAAAACAAAAUAAAGGAUGUUGUUGAAAAAUCUGAUAAAUGUGAAAGAAUAUGCGUCAGAGGAGACGAAGGUAGUAAAGAGCAGAAAGGGUUUAAAAGAAAGGAUCCGUUUUUGAAACAAAUAGCUGUAACUAUGUCGUCAUCUUCAACUGAGGAAAGUAGUAAUGAUCUUGCAAAAUACAGAUUUAAGAGUAGGGGAAAAGAAGAGAACUACUAUGAAGGCAGAGGGGUCCAGAAGGCAAUGAAAACAGUAGAAAAAGUAAAAGAAAUGGACUUAGAAAAAGAAGACAGUGAAACUGAGGAGAUGCAAGCUCCACAAAAUGAGAAAGACUGUGUUGAAGAGACUGAUAUAAAAAGCCCAGAUGAAGAAGAAACAAACACUGAAGCUAAAUCUGAUGAAGACAGAGAGUUAGAAAUUAAGAAUGAGGAGGAAUCUAAUCAAGAGCAGGAGAGUGAAGCCAGUGAAAAGGGUGAAAGUGGAAAAGAAAAACUGCAUGAAACAGUUGAGAGUGAAGGUGAACUAGGGGAGGAAGAAGAAGGGAGUGAGGUUAAAAAAGACAGAGAAGAAGUUUCAGUAGAAAGAGAUGAAGACAAAGAGGAAAAAGAUAAUGAGGAAGAAAGUGCAAGAGAGGAAUCACAGGCUGAAAGAGACACUGAGAAUGAGGGUGCAGAAGAGGUUGAAGAGAUUAAUCAGGAAGAAGGCAAAGAGCAAGGAGAUGAGGAAGGCAGGGUGAUGGAGGAAGAAGAAAAGCUGAGUGAGGGAGAAAAGGAGGAUACGGAGGAGGAAGAGGAGUAUGCAAAAGAGGAAAACACUGAAAAAGACAAGGAGGAGCAUGUUAAAAGUGAGGGAAGAGAUGAGUGUGAGGAAGGAGGUGAAGAUAGAGAGAAGGAGGAAGAAAAAGAGGUAGAGGCAGAAGAGGAAGGAAAUUAUGAGAAGGAAAAUGAAGGAGAAAACAAAGAAAAGGAGAAUGAAAAAGACAAAGAGGGUGAAGAGGAGGAGUUAGAAGAGUCAUUGGCAGGGAGAGAAGAAGAAGAGGUAUCCAAAGAAGAACAGGAAGAGGAAGAUGCAAAUAGGAAGACUACGGAGGUGGAAGAAGAAGGAGAAGAGGAGGAGGAUGAAGUGGAAGAGAAAAGAGAAGAGGAAGAGGAGGAGGAAGAAGAAGGAGCAGUGGGAGAAGCAGAUGAGGAGGAGGGGGAAGAAGAUAAAAACAAGGAAGAAGAGGAGUGGGAAAAUGAAGAAGAGCAAGGGGAAGAAGAAGACGAAGAAGAGGGACCAGAGGCAGAAGAAGAUGAGGGAGCAGGGGAGGAAGAAGAAGAGGGAGUUGAAGAAGAUGAGGGAAAAGAGGGACUAGAAGAAGAAGAGGGAGAAGAAGAGGGAGGGGAGGAAGAAGAGGGAGAAAAAGAGGAAGAGGGAGGGGAGGAACAAGAAGGGGAAGAGCGAGAGGAGGAACAAGAAGGGGAAGAAGGAGAAGAGGAAGAGGGAGGAGAGGAAGAAGAAGGGGAAGAGGGAGAGGAGGAACAAGAAGGGGAAGAAGGAGAAGAGGAAGAGGGAGGAGAGGAAGAAGAAGGGGAAGAGGGAGAGGAGGAACAAGAAGGGGAAAAGGGAGAGGAGGAACAAGAAGGAAAAGAGGAAGAGGGGGAAGAAGGAGAAGAGGAGGAAGAGGAUGUGGGAGAGGAGGAAGAAGAGGAUGAGGGAGAGGAGGAAGAAGUAGUGGAAGAAGAAAAAUCAAAAGGUAAAAAAAAAAAUUUUAGUAAUAAGCUUCCUCAGAAGAAAAGCAAAACCAGGGAGCCAGAGAAGACAAAAAGUGCUGCUUUCCCAAACAGCUCUAAACGAAGAAUAAAGUCUAAACAGCAUGUAGCAAAUGGUUUACAUAAUUCAGAACAAUUUUGGAACAAUGUGCUACCUCAUUAUUUAACACUCAAGUAGCAUAGACUGCUGGAGAUGCAUUUUAAGCCUAUUCAGGAAACUUUGAUGCUAUGGCAGAUUGAUUUUUAUCACUUAAUUUUUUUUUUUUAAUGUAGUCAAAAUAUAUUAUUAUGCAUAUGCUGAAAGUGCCAAUUUAUUGAAAAACACUCUAG